GGUGAUCGUGAGGCAGGGCAGCAGCAGCAGCAGCAGCCGCCGGCGGACUCCACCUUCAGCCCGGGCUUCAGUCUCAGCCGUCCCGUUCCGACCAACCCGGACAGCGCCGUGUGGAUCCGAACCAUGGACACCAGCGGGCAGCGUCUGACGGUAUAGCCCGGAGGAUUCUUCGAUCACCAGAGUGUCAUGGAGCCAGAUGUGAUCCGUAUGUACUCCUCCUCUCCACCGCCCAUGGAGGAUGGCGCCGAGGAAGAGGAUGAUGAGUUCGGAGACUUCGGUACCUUCUCUGGAAUCCCGAACAGCAUCAGCUUGUCAGAGUUUGACACCCCAACCACUUUCAACCAGACCCAGGCUCUGACCGCCACCUCACCGCCUGAGCUGAUCAACAACAGAGGAGUGGUGGGGUUCAGCUGCAGCUCCUCAAACGGUGCCCACGACCCUAAUGAUCAGCUCUCCAAGGCGAACGGCAUCGUGCCAGCAAGCUCCUCAGAAAGAACUGAGAUGAAAAAGGUCCUCUCCGGCUCCCUGGACCUCAUUGCGAGUAACACAGCUGAUUGCAACGGCGGCGGCACCGAGGUCCUCACGAACGGGUUUGACGUUCAGGGAAGUCCUUCCUUGCAGAAUUCUGUCCACUCUCACAUAAAAGGAACGUCCACUGAGGACACGGGCUGCGCCAUUGUUGGCAGCCUGGAGGACGAUUUUGCAGACUUUGCUGCUUUUUCCGAUGCUGAAGGACGUCUCAGCCAGACGGCGAGCUCAGACUGUCCGGAGGGGGUCAGCUGGCUGGCUGAGCAUUGUAACACGGAGCAUGGAAUGACUUCAGAGGAUGAUGUCAGGGACACAAACAGAACUAGAAACGACGCAUCUGACUCUGAGUCCUUCUGCAUUCCUGCUGAGACGCCGGACGGUCUAAGCGGCACAGACCGGGGCUCUCACACAGAUGCUGACCCUCGACAAAGGGAUGUGGCCUUCGCACAGGAGCACGGUGCCUCAGAGGCCGCUUGCACUAACAAACCGCCCCUUCUGAACGGGGUGGAUGUAGCUGACAGGGAUGGAUCCAAAGAGGGUCGCAGUGAAAACAAACUCCUCCCGGAUGCUGCCGCAGAUGGCGAGGCAGGGCAGUCCGAUGAGAAGGGCUCUGGGAAUGAGACGGAGACAGAAACCGAGACGGAGACGUCGUUUGGCCGUCCGCUGUCCACUGACGCUCUGGAGGAGUACGGCGACAUGAGCACCACGGGCUCCGUGCCCUCGCCGCCUCUCCAGGGGGAAUCCGCCACCCCUGCUGAUGGCAGCCAGAUGGCCGAAGACGAUGACGAGGACUUUGGGGACUUUGGAGAUGCCAGCUCUUUCAGUGGUCAAGGCUUUGCAGACUUUGAUCAGUUGGAGGUCCAGCAGGAUCCAGUCAGGUCACAGAGUUCUGCUCCUGCACAGGAAGAUGCGACUGCUGAGGAAGACGAUGACUUUGGUGACUUCAACUCCCCCAAAUUUCACUCUGGCAGAAAUGAGGGGGAGGAGGGAAGAAAGUUUGCUGACUUCCCUGUGAGCGACAGUUUUGGGAAUUUCAGCUCGGCUGACGGUGGCGAGGGGGGCGCCGGGUGGAGUGCCUUCGGGGAGCAGCAGCAGCACGAGGAGGAGGAGGGGGAAUCAUGGGCAGCAUUCAGUGCGGAGCCGAGCGUUGCUGCUCCUGAAGACAGCAGAGGGCAGGAGGAAGAGGAGGAGGAGGAGGAAUGGCAGGAGAGUACAGCAGCUACAGUCAGCGAAGAAACCAACAGGACGGACAGACAGCCGGCGUCGCUGUUCAGCCGUCUGGAGAAGCUGUUCCAGAUCAGCUUUCCUCAGACCGCCACACGGCCGCUGGAGGACGAGGUGUUGUCCCUGAAGGUCCUCCUGGAGCCUCCGGAGGACAAACAGCCAGGAGCUGAAGAGGAGAAGGAGGAAAAGAAGAGGUCACCAUGCAACAGGUCCGUGCGUGGCGACGUGUGGCUGCAGCUUCAGGACAUUCACGAGGCGUUCGGCCUCAGAUACCAGUGGGGGGGCUCCCACUGCAACAAAGCACUUCUCUGCUGCCUCGGCAUCGACACCAGAAACAUUCUGUUCACAGGACAGAAGAAGCAGCCGGUCAUCGUGCCCAUGUACGCCGCCGGCCUGGGGAUGCUGGAGCCGACCAAAGAGCCCGUGAAGCCUGUCUCUGCUGCAGAGAUGAUCGCCUCGAUAGCCCAGGCACCUCCGCUGGCUCCUGAGAAAAGCUCCUGUCCCUCAGACUCUGUCCAGCAGGAGGCACUCCCACCCAUCCAGUUCGACUGGAGCAGCAGUGGCCUUACCAACCCCCUGGACGCCAGCGGAGGCUCGUCUCUCUUAAACCUGGACUUCUUUGGUCCUGUGGAGGAUUCAGGCUCCACCAGCUCACCCUCCAUCCCAGGCGUCGACCCCGAGCUGUUCGAGCUGACCACCGCCAAGCUGGACUCUGGCAGCUCCGGCAGUCGCAUGGCAGACGCCUUCGCCCGCCUAAUGUCCACUGUGGAGAAGACCAGCACCUCCACCAGGAAGCCGAGGAAGGACGAGAAUCUGAGCGAGGAGGCGGCCAAAGUGAUCGCGGCGCUGCCCGAUCUGACCUUCAUGCAGGCUAAGGUGCUGAUGUUUCCUGCCACGCUGACGCCGCUCGGCUCGCGGGCCACGCCAGACUGAAGCUCCGGCCACGCCUCCAGACAUCACCCGCUCCCUCUGCUGGCCCCGCCCAUUUUAUCAAGCUCUUCUUUUUCUUUUUUUUUUUAAAAUGAAAUUAGCUUUUUGUUGAUUUUCAGUUUAUUUCUCAGACAAAAGCGAAGCAUUUCUGAUUGUUUUGGGGGGAGCGGGGGCGCAGCAUGGGGAGGGACAGCGCACGGUAACCUGACAGGAAGUCACAUUAAUGAGUUGAGGGCAUGUAGAAGUGUGUGUGCUGCUGUUGUGUGUGUAAAUAAUCAGGGAUUCAAUGUCUUUGUUUUUUAAUGGACGCCAUGAUUUCUGAUGAUUUUAUGAGUGUGGGUGCGGAGCCUGAAGGAAACGCUGGCUGAAGCUCUUUGAAUCAAACUGAAGUGGAAAUAUAUGUGAAUUCAUACAUUUAUAUGCGUAUAUAUAUAUAAAAUCUAAAUCUAUUUAUGGACUUGAAACCACACUGCCUGCAGAGUCCCGCCGAAUGUUUCGUCCCCUCGUCUUCGGUUUUUCCUUCAGCGUCGAUUUUAAAAAGUUUUCUUUCUCUUCUUCUUCGUGAGGCUUUUUAAAGAAAUUCUGUCCAUCGGUUGUUUUAUUUCCUUUCUUCUCACCGAACAAACGCCGGCGCCUCUGCGAGCGGGAGCUCCAGCUGCGCUCUCCGUCUGUCGCUUUAUUUUGGGGGGUAAAAAAUGGGACGAUCGGCUUCAAACCGCUGAGAGUUUGUGAGCCGUGAAGGUCGACUCGCAUCAGAAGGGAACGAAGGGACCAAAUUCCUGCAUCCAUGAGUUUGUUGUGUUCACUGUUCCUGUUUUGUUUUUUCUGUUUUUGCUCAUACUACUGUCGGCCGUCUCCCGGAGGAUUUUGCACAUUGUAAAGAUGAAAUGGAUGUAAUCAUAGUUCACUGUGGCUUUAGACUGUGUGCAGUUAAACUAUGGACUGUAAUAUGUUGGGGGAAAUUCCUAUGGAAAAACUGAAUCACUUGAAGAGCCUGUCGAAAGGUUAUCGUGCAUGCCCAGGUUCUUUUCAGACUGUGUAAAUUUUACUUUUAGUGUACACAAGAAAUUAAACUAAUUU